GGUACCGCCCGUCAGCAGCCCCCCCACCCCCUCCUGCCGGCCAAGUCACAGCUCCAGGGCACCUUCAGACAAGCGGGUGGUGGGUCCUGAACUCGGAGGCCUGUGCGUGGGCUUUGGGCAGAGAUGGCCCUGCAGAGCCAGGCGUGGUCUUCGGCCACACCCAUGCCCAUGGCUGAGAGCUCCCUCUAUCGGCAGCGGCUAGAGGUCAUCACUGUAAGUGAAUCCCUCCAGGGCACAUGCCCACGCCCUAGGCAUCCUAACCUUGUCCACCCCUCCCCUCACCUCCCCAUUCCCCGGAGCAGUGCCCUCUGUCCCCAACCUGCUGGGGCACCCAACCUCUCCUUGGGGUGGGGAAGCCCCAUGACCAGUCCCACAUCUUCCCCCGCCCAGAGGAAGUCACUCCGGGAGCGCUGGCUGAUGGAUGGGGCGGCGGAAGAACAAGACCGGCCCAAGGACCCUGCCUCGCAGGAUUCCCAAUCGCCUGAGGGCCAGGCCCAGGCCCGUAUCCAAAACCUGGAAGACAGCUUGUUCACACUCCAGUCCCAGCUGCAGCUGCUGCAGAGUGCGUCCACAGGUGCCCAGCGCAAGCCUUCCUGGCGCAGACAGGGUCACCGUCCUCUCUCCCAGCCAGCUCUGGAGGCAGAUCCAGCAGAUGCGGCAGAUGCAGAUAAGAGAGCCUCCUUGCCACCUUCACUGGCCGGCAUGUCCCCGGAGUCCCCUUCCGAGCCCAGCGAGGAGGCUGCCUUGAGGCAGGCCCCUGGGGUGACGGGCCCCUCUUCAGAAGCCAAUGGCCCCUGCCCUGGGCCCAGCCCUCCUUUGGAAGGAGCAGCAGUGGCUGAGAGGGGGGUGGAUGAAGCCAAAGGAGGUGGUGUAGUGGAGGUGGUGUGGGAGGGGCUGAGAGCCACAGAGGACUGUGCUGCAGGGGCCACCGGCCCAGAGCUGGAGGCAAAGGUGGAGGAGGUAGUGCUGGCGGCCAUUGGGGACAGGCAGGUGGCCGGCAGCCCAGAGCUCCCGUUGUGGGUGAAGGAGGACAGGGAGAUUGUGGAGGUGGUCUGGGAAGGGGUAGGGGGCAUGGAAGGCAGCAACUCAGAGCACACAGGGGCGGGAGGCUCAGGCCAGGAGGCCGCACCAAGGCUCCAGGAGCAGCUUCCGGAAACAGUUUCUAGAAAAGGGUCAGAGGCUUGUAGGGGCAGCCCCGAGGGCAACGGGCAGGGGGGCUCUGGAGGGGAGGAGGGGUCUUUCAUCUGGGUGGAGAGAGUGGCCCUCAGUGAGGAGUGGGAGGAGCUUCUGGUGGAGGGCCUGGAGGGGCCCGUGGGCAGGCAGGCAGGAGAUGGGGGUCUGCUGGGAUCAGAGAAGGGAGGCAGUGAGGAGACCUGGGAAGUGGAGAGGAGGAGAGCCGAAGAGCCCCAGGGGUUAGAGGAGCCGGGAGCUGAGAGGGACGGAGCUGAGGAAUCCCCCGGAGUAGAGCAACAAGGGGAUGAGGGAGAGGCAGGAACAGAAAGGAGCGGAGCUGAGGGGUCUCCGAAGACAGAGGAAGCAGGAAGGGAGGAGCAGCCAGGGGCCAAGAAGAGAGCUGAGGACGCACGGGAAGGGGAGAUCGCAGAAGCUGGAGGAUCGCCGAGAGCAGAAGAAAGUGGUGAGGAACAGCCAGGGGCCGAGGAGAAGGAAGAGGAGGCCCUGGAAGACAAGAAGGCAGGAGGGGAGGUGCAGCCGGGGGCUGAGCAGAGAGUGGAGGAACCAGGGGAAGUCCAGCAAACCUCAGCGGGUGGGGAUGCACGAGAGGAAGAGGGCAAAGGGGGUGAGGAGGUGGGGCAAAGAGGUGAAGCCCCACUGGAGGCAGAGAAGACCCAGGGGGCUGAGGAAGGUCUGAACGCAGAAGAGUCAGCAGCGUCCGAGGGCGCCAAGGCACCCGAGGCAGAGGAGGUGGGUGAGGCAGGUGCUCCCCAGGAGGCCAAGGAAGAGCUGCAGCCCGGGGAAAAGCAGGAAGGCCCCCCAGAGGAGGAAGCAGCAAACCCCCAAACCUCCGCUGAGGACCAGGGCCCUGCGGCAGAUGCCACGCCCCUCCAGGCUGAGACCACCCCCUCGGAGCAGCCCUCCGAGCGCCAGCCUCUGCUUCCGGUGGAGGGGCCCAGCGCCAACACCACCACCACCACCACCACCACCACGGCCCACCCCGCGCCCACCUAUGCCCCGGCCCGGCAGCCUGAGCCACCUGCCCCCACCGAGGGGGAAGAGGCGGCUGGCUCUAAGCAAAAGACGUGCCAGUGCUGUGCGGUUAUGUGAGGCCGCAGCCCGCCUCACCCAGCUCCUCUCUCAGCUACCUCGGCCUCUUGGCAACCAGCAGAGGGUCCCCGGCACAGACAGGGCACCGCGGGACUUGGCCCUGGCCCCUCCACCUCCACCUGGGUUUCCGGACCCCCUGGCCUGCCGCCUGUGCCCCUGGCCGCCUUCUGCAACAAAGCCUUUAUACUUGAAAAUAAAACGUUCAACCACCCG